UUUACUACUAACUCUACCUUGUUCUCAUUCAUUUGAUUUUCGAUCGUGGUUUCAAUCUCAGGCAUGAGGCUCCCGCGCCGCACCCCACUCCUUCCCUCCAAACCCAUGUAUGAUGCCGCACCAUGUAUGACACCGCACCCCACUCCUCCCCUCCUAACCCUCCCCGCCACGCUCCCUCGCGCGUGAGGCUCCCGCACCGCAGCAACAACUCUCCGCAAUACUGGACUCGAGAAGGAGCCAUUCAUUCAUUCCAAGGGAUGACCCUAGACGCUUCCGCUCUUUCUUUGGCGGCAGCGUCGUUUUCUCUCCGCUUUACCCAUUCAUUCAUUCACAUUCUUUGUAGUGGUAGGAAGUUUUCUGGCAGGAAACCAGCAUGAGCAGAAGCCAAGAAAACAGAACUUGAAUAGGCAAGGAAAGCCCUUCGAGCGUUGAAAGGAUUGGUGAAACUCAAGCACUCUUACGUGUACAGGCCCAAAUCCAUGCUGGUCGGGCCCAAAUUUUGCACUCCACCUCUUCCAUUGCCCACCUCCAUAUAAGCAUUCUCAAUUGGUCCAGCAACACCGGACAAAUUUGAAAUCCCCAUCAGAUCCGAGAGCAUGAAAAAUGAUCAGUACUCGUCACCACUACUCAAGAGAAACAGCUCUAAAUCCCGUGUACAGAUCAAUGGCAGCAAUCGAGAGAGAUGUAGUAUGGAUGAAGAGAGAAGUGUGAGGAUCAUGGACUCUGGUGUGAGGAAACCAGCAGGUAGUGGUAUGAAGAUCAUUGACUCUGGUUGCUCCCAUGGAGAUUCCUUCCAUUAUAAAGCAACCAUAGAAUUCGGAAUACUCAGUUCGAGAACGCACAUUGACGAUGAGUAUGCUUAUGCUGUGGAAAAGGAUCCUAAAAUUUUGCUGACUUGGGAUCCUAGUGCUCCUCUUCAACAGUUUGUUAAGGAGUUGAGUUUUGUGUUUCCCAAUGUGCAAAGGAUGAAUCGCGGUGGUCAGAAUUCAACCUGGCUCAUACAGAGAGGAGUGAAGAUUGAAAAUAAUUAAUCAACAUAAAGUAUAGAGAAGCUCGAUCCUUGUGUUGUUGAGAAAUUUAAAUUUUGAACUCUUUAUGAUGUGAAUGAUUUAAGAGAAGUCUUGAGGAUUUUAAAUUUUGAACUCUUUAUGAUGUGAAUGAUUUGUGUUGGUCCUUAAUGCUUUCAGCCAUGAAUAUAUAUAAGUGAAAGGAUAUGCUUGAAACCAUUAAUUGGGUACUUAAAUUAUUUUUGAAUGAGGGACAUCAGAUAGGAGUCAUGACACCAAAUAAGAGACAUGGCAUAUAGGGUGCUGUCUAACAGAACUUUGUUAAGAAUCAACGUAAUAAGUUAUUGUAGAUAACACGAGUCCCACCUUCUGGAUCUAUGAAAAAGAAAGUGUAAUAUGAUCUUGUUGACACUAGAUUAUUUAGGGUGGUGGGGGCCAGAAACUUCAUUUAAUAUAUGCAAAUUUCAUGCGGUCACUACUAAAAAAAGAACAUAGACAUAUAUCUCCUAAACUGCAUAUAGACAUUUUUUUAAAAAAAAAAAACAAGUUACAAGUACAAUUUUUUGACAAGAAUCGAAAAAAGUGAGUGAGAAAAGAAUCUUCAUCUUUAUGCAUGUUGCAUAGAGAAUCUUUAAUCACAUUGUAACAUACCUUGAAUAUCAUAUUGGAAUACAGAAACAAUGAACAAUAACAAUGUAUAUAUAUAUAUAUAUAUAUAAACCUGAUGGCAAUCUCUCGUUGAUGGGAAACAAGUGUUGCUAGCUGAUUGAAAAUGUUGCUAAGCUAAUGAAUAGUGGACUCAACAUGUUGUUGUUGUUGUUGCAACAAUCGUUGACUCUCCCCAUCCACUUGCUUCCUAUAGAUUUAAAUACUUUAAGGUUUUGUAAUGUAAGAAUGAAAUAGGCAAAAUGAGACACCGACCUAGCUGCGAAAAUGACCAAGGUAAGUGAACGGCAGCCGAAGAUGCUCGAUGAGGGGGCGAUGCGGUGUAGAAGAUAGCUAGCUAUGACGGAGACACUGACCUAGCUGCAAGUAGUGACUGAGCAAGGGGAAAGCACUUGUGACUGAGCAAGAUAGCUAGCCAGCUGGUUUCAUGUGAGUAAAUUAAUCACGAUCAAGGAUUCAGAUGGUGCCUUCAAAAAAUCGUGGCGGUAAAAGGGGAAAGCAGCCUUCAAAAACGGUGUUUUCUACCAUCGUCGUUGUUGAAGAACAUGGUAAUUACAAAAAUGCCACAGAUAAUGUUUUUGUACACCGAUGUAGAAGGUGGGUCGUAAAUUAAUGUUUUUGUAGUAGUGUGUGUAGGGAUUUAGGUGAUCCGCAGUAUAGAUAGGUUAGGAUUUAGAUGAUCCACAUAGGAUUUAGAUGAUCCGUAAUGGAAACGGGUGAUAUAAGCUGCAUACGGAUCAAGUUGAUCUGUAUGCCUUUCAUGGAUCAAGUUGAUCCGCAAGAAGCAUACGGAUCAACUUGAUCCGUAAGAAGCUUAC